CGAAACCUUCCAACCUCGACACCUUUUAUCCAGACCCAGCAUCAGGUUCCUUCGUGCUGAUGUUGGCGCUGGGUUGCUUGAAUCAUCAGGAUGGCUGACCUGGAAAGGACCGUGCUGGACUUCUACCAGCUGUCGACUCCGUACCCUGUCGAGUGGCCUACCGAGAAGGACAACAGCGAUGUCUCCGAGGACGAAGAUGCAGCCAAGAAGGCCAAUCGGCGCAAGUCAAGAUACCAGGCCCUGGAGAAAGCAGUCAGCAACAGGAACAGCCAGCUCCCAGGACACGAGAAGUCAGCCAAUGGCGUCGGCAACAUUGUGCAGAAGGACGAGCCAGACCCCUUGGGCACCACGGAUAGUGUCGUGAGGACCUUGAGGCAGCUUGGUGUUCCUGUCCAAGAAGACCCGAGGCUACGACAACGCUUUCUCAUGUCCUCUACUACCUUCUCCCCCGCGCUAUUCCUCUCUCAGAUGCACGCGACGGCAGACACCCAGUCUCUCCUGAAUGGUCUCGACGUCCUCUCGCAAUCUAUCGACCAAAAGAGCGCCUCCCUCAAGGUCCUUGUCGAGUCUAACUUCGAGCGCUUCGUUCGCGCAAAGGCGACUAUUGACAACGUCUAUAAGGAGAUGAAGUACCGUGGUGCCGACCCGAACCCACCUGCACCUGCGAACCGGGCUCGCCCUCACAGCAGGCACGCGAGCAGGAACAGCUUCCGGAGCAGUUCUGGACCGGGCCUGCCAAACCCUCUGGCUCCGGACCCAAGAAAGAAGAAUGCGCUGAUCAAAGAGAGCGAGUACGGUGUCUCUGGCAUCAAGGCUCCACUGCUCGAUGUCUCCGCAAAGGCAGAGGAUGUCUGGGGACCGGCUCUCGGCGGCAGAGACAAGGAAGAGAACCUGAAGAUGGUGGCUGCGACCCUGGAGAAGUACCAGGAGUAUGUCGAGACGAGCUCAGCUGUCGCAGAGAGCAUCAAGCGGAAAGACAAUGAGGCACUGGUGGAGGAGUAUAACAAGGCGAGGAAAUUUGCCGAGGACGCCCGUAGGAUGACCCAGACGGGUUCUCAGGACAGACUGCCCGACGACCAGCUCUACCAGGUGCUUUUGGCUGCUCGUAUGUGGCACGACGUACAUGAACAGAUCGAGGUCUUCAAACGUGAAACCUGGAAGAAGCUCGUCACCCUUCAUACCGCACCAAAGUCGGAAGCAAGUGGGCGCCGGGACCAGCACAUGGAACUCAUCAGCAUCUUGCUUGAGCUGGGCGUGGACGAAAACCCCAUAUGGAUCUGGCUCCUCAGCCGCUAUGAUUACCUCAAGGCUAAGGUCGCCUCAACAGCAGAACGAACCAAGGUGGAGAUCGAGGUUGCCAGACGGCGCAUCGCCAAUGCCGACAGACCCAAGCCCCAAGCGAUCGCAAACCAUGUCAAAUCCAUUGCGCGGCAGUCCAUCGAGAGCAGGUCUCAAUCUUUUGAUUCUGCCGACAUAGUGGAGCUCUGGGAGAGGAUCAUAUCCUUCCUUACCAGCAUGCUUUCCUCUCAGGGCAUCAUUGGUGAGGUCGUGGAGUUCUGGCAGACGGUUCAGGGGUUCUUGGAGGGCAGGUUGCAGAAAUCCUUGCCAGCUGGAUAUAACGGCGAGUCAUUCAAGCAUCACGAGUUGACAAAACAAGGAGCAGCAGAUCUACAAAAAGGCACGGUCGAACUCGUGGAUGCCAUCCGGGAGCACGUAUACCUGUUCUUCGUCGGACCACCUCCAGACGAUCUGUCAAUGCUGCUUUCUCCUAUGCCGUCAGAGCCUAGCACGCCUUUGACGGCCUCUCUCACUGGCGGUGGACGGCCGCUUACACCUAGCACACCCAACACAUUAAAGGCACCUCGCACGAAUCUCGACCCCGGCAGUAUUCCCCCGCCAUCACCUAAGCGAGGUGAGGCAUGGGAGAAGUUUGCCUUCUGGCCUCCUUGGUCAAAUUCCGUCAGUGGUGUACACUACCUGGCCAAGGUGCUCGUGUUGGUAGGCUCGGGCUCCUGUGAUAUGGCCAGUCUUGCGCCAGUUGCCGAAGGAGAUGGUGCGGUACUCGACAGGUUGAGAACACUUGUUGGCUCUGCAAGAGACCGCUGUGUCACAGCCGUGUGCGCCGCUUGGAACAAGGAUGCCGAGAACAUCAAGUAUGUCGAGGACUGGAGCAGAUCGCCAGAGAGAAAGGACGUCACCAAGAUGCCCGCGAGCUUCAAGGCUUUCGAAAGCGCUCUGCUCACGGGCAUGCAGCAGAUUUUAUACAUCUCAGAUGCCAUGUCGAGACCAGGCGCCGGGGAUAUUGUCCAGCCGCCACCAACAAAGCUUCAGCAGAUGGUCCGCAGCCAGUAUGUGACGACAUUGUACAAGGCGCUGAGUGGUAUGGUCGAAAAUGCGGAGCGCUCCUCCCGGAGGUCAGAUGAUGAGUGGACGACUGAGGAAAGCUUCAAUGUGCGCAUGCUGUUGACCCUCAGCAACUUGCAAGCGCUGCGAGCCGAAGUCGUGCCAGGUCUGAACACGCAGUUCGAGAAUGCCUUCUCCGUCAAACUGACGGAUGAAGAGAAGAAAAUCAGAGAUGUACUGGGCCAGAUCGACGCACGUCUAUUCCAGUCCUACACACGGCCGUACAUAGAGUCUCUUCGAAGCAGCAUCCGGCAAGGCAUCACAGCCGCAGAUUGGGCGCCUGCUUCACCCAACGACAAGCCCCGGGAGGUGAGGCCAUACAUCUACAAGGCCCUGCUCGAACUGGUGCUGGUCCACUCUCAAGUAUCCACUACCGCUGCUACGCUCACCAGCCAGGUUCUCUCGUACCUGCUAGAGCAGUCCUCGCGCGAACUCCUCGAGGCGUUCAAGUCCCGGCCGAAGUACAGCCUCUCGGCUCUGAUGCAGGCGACACUCGACGUCGAGUUCGUGGCGCAGACGCUGAGCCAGUACAUGACGGAGAAGUCUACCGAGAUCCAGACGCAGAUUUACCAAGAGCUGGACUCGCGGACGGACAAUGACGCCCGCGCCAGGCUACAGAGCGAGCUGCCGGAGAUGAGGAGCGUGCUUAAGAGGCUGAGAGAGGCGAGCAAGAGCGAAUUUGCGUGCUUCCGCAAGCUGCGCCGUCGAGAGGCGGCGCCGGGGGCCUCGGGUGCGAGAGGGGAUAACAGCAGUGUUUCUACCACGACUAUGUCUAUCGCUGGGUCGAUCUGAGGUAGUGUGUGGUCUUGUGGGUUGGAAACGUAAUUAUAUUGGGGAAACGAGCGAAUAGAGAUAAGUUUAUAUAAAAACGCUAAUCCGUCUUAUUGAUGUGCCACUC